UACAUAUGAUCGUCAAUGGAUACAACAACCUUGCUUCCUUAUCACCAAAGACAACUACUUCCGCCUUCAUUUCUUCUCAACUACCUAUACUCUGCUCAUUUCCUUGCUAGAUGGGGCGCCAGAAUGUGGGAAUUCUCUGUGGGUUUAUAUAUGAUCAGUGUUUGGCCUGAUUCUUUACUCCUUGUUGCUAUCUAUGGUGUUGUGGAAUCAUCCUCUUCUGCUUUAUUUGGUCCCAUCAUUGGACGAUGGGUGGAUAGGCUGACAUAUGCAAAGGUUCUUCAACUAUGGUUGGUAACCCAGAAUCUCUCCUUCAUAAUUGCUGGAGGUUCAGUAAUGGCCUUACUGGUAUUUCCAAGCCUGAAGUUCACGAACAUCGUUGCUUUCAUCGCCCUGGUGAUAUUGACAAACAUCUCUGGAGCUGUCGGUGUGCUUUCAACAUUAGCUGGUACCAUCCUGGUUGAAAGAGAAUGGUUGGUAGUAAUAUCAGAAGGCAAUCCUCCUAGUUUACUCACUGAUAUGAACUCGGUUAUUAGACGAAUUGACUUAACCUGCAAGUUAGUGGCACCAGUUAUAAGCGGCCUCAUUAUCAGCUUCGUAUCACUAAAAGCAUCCGCUAUGGCAUUUGCGUUGUGGACAACUAUAACCGUAUGGGUGGAAUAUUGGCUUUUUAUGUCGGUAUACAAUGGGAUCCCGGCUUUAGGCAUAAACAGCAGCCGAAGGCUGAUUUCAAGAGUUUCACCAAGUGAUCAAGUGGAAGACACCAUAUCAACUUCUCAAGAAAGAAAUAAUUCUUUGUUAAAUGAAGGAGAGAAUGCAGCAUCCUCUGGCAAAAGCUCUGCAAGGAGAAUCAUUGAGUGGAUCUCGAAGGUUCCCUACAUCGAUGCAUGGAAAGUAUAUUUGCAGCAAGAUGUCGUUUUAGCAGGAGUUGCUUUAGCUUUGUUGUUUUUCACUGUCCUAAGUUUCGGGACUUUGAUGACGGCAGUCUUGCAAUGGAAAGGGAUUCCUGCAUAUGUAAUCGGAAUAGCUCGUGGAAUCAGUGCUUCAAUUGGAAUAGCAGCAACGGUUUUGUACCCUGUGCUUCAAUCUCAUAUUUCGACGCUCAGAACCGGAUUAUGGUCUGUCUGGUCUCAGUGGACUUGCCUGCUGGUAUGUGUGGCUUCAAUAUGGAUCAAAAACAGCCAGUUAUCAGCAUAUAUGCUGAUGGCCGGAGUUGCUACCUCUAGGCUCGGUUUGUGGAUGUUCGACUUAUCCGUCAUCCAACAAAUGCAGGAUCAUGUUCCUGAAUCCGAUCGUUGCAUUGUGGGAGGAGUUCAAAACUCACUGCAGUCUACCUUUGACUUAAUGGCUUAUGUAAUGGGAAUAGUAAUAUCCAAUCCACAGCAUUUCUGGAAGUUGAACUUGGUAUCGUUUUCGGCGGUGACGGUGGCCGCAUUUCUCUACACUUACCAUCUAUACCGGAUCCGGAACCACAUUUUUCACUUUGAGAAGCUUUACUCAUUACGUCAAUGAAUGUAAGCUGAAUAUAAAAUUAUGUCUGUCUCUAACCAUAAAACCAAAGAAAAGCGUGUGGGAACGGAUUGUGUAUGCAUCAGGACAUUUGGCCCUUAAAAGUUGUG